AUGAAACUUUUCUUAUAUUUCAUCUUCUUACAUUCGUUGGGAGAAUGUAUUCAACCAUAUUUUCCCCGCCAAGUGACUUUUCUCGCACGCGAAAACUACGAUGGCAAGAAGAAUCUCUUUGCAAUCGACGAAAUAAAUCAACGAGCAUAUCAAAGUUGGGGAAAGAAAUCAUUUGAUGAAAGGCGAGCUUAUGCUAUGAAAGAUAUGCCAUAUAUGUUUCCUGAUCCUUCUCAAUCGAAAUACUAUGUUCAAUUGUCUUACUUUACACCACCACCUCCACCUGGUUGUCAUUAUGGAAUAUAUGCUCUAGAUGGACUUGGAUUUUCAUUUAAUGUAUUUCCUGAUCAUUGGCAAAAACAUUUGGAUUCAUUUGAAAUACUAAAUUAUGUUCAUUUUACGUCUAAAAUGAUUCAUUCAAAUCAAUCGAAAGAAAACGAAGAUUAUUGGUAUUCUGAUGAAAAAUGUCGAUUAAGCAGUGGAGAAAUGGUUCCAUGCCAAGAAAUUUAUUUUAGAAGAGGUACGGAAAUACCUUUACGAACAACUCGUGUUGAUUAUAACAUAGUGGCUUUGGUACAGAAAACAACAGCAUAUGAAAUUUUAUCAAUCGGAGAGCCAGAUGAAAAAUAUUUUGAUUCAAUUCCAAAAAAUUGGACUGAAUCAUGCGAAGAUGCUAAAUUUGGAAUUAGCUAUGAUGGGAACUCCUCAUAUUUAUAUCCAGGUAAAACGGUACUAGUUCAAGUUUGGCUUCGAACUGCUCCACAUAAAGUUAAUGGAAAUGAUACGCUGCGUAUUCAGUGGACAGCGCAUGAUGAUGAUAAAUAUAUUACAUUGACACCAAAAGAAUUAGUUUUUAAUGGAGAAAAUUUCUCGGAAAAACAAACUUUAACAAUAAAACGUCAUGAGGGCCAAGCAGAAGCAAUAUUUUAUCCAAUUUUUCACGGUGGAGGUCUUGAACCUGUUUUUACAGAGAAAUAUUCUUUUACGCUUUUCAAUGAACUUGGAUAA